CACUACGUACUGUACUCUGGCAAAAAGAAGUCGUUGCAACAACACAGCAGACGUUCUGUUGUGCCGUAUGUCGACGAACACCGUUCAUCACACUGCCAGUUGCUCUUCAUAAAACCUACACAAGGACAGCGUAACAACAAUGAAGCUCUCUUUCGCUUAUCCAAUUUUAGUGGCCGCUUUGUCGAGCGGCUUCACGACCAAUACUCGUCAUCGUGCCGGGAGUGCAACGCUACAGCCCGGGGCAUUGGUAGCCGAAACGCACCAUCGCUCCGUGAAAAGUUUUCUUUCCUCAUCUGCAUCCGACGAUUCCGACGAUGCGUCAUCAGCAGCGGAAAUCGGAGCAGAGGUUGCAGAUGCAUCUGCGAGUGAUAGCAGCAACACAGGAUCGGCGGCACUGGAUUGGCAAAACGAGCAAAAGAAACAAGCAGCCGAAAAAGAGAAUGAAGAGUCCGACGCAGGCGACAGCAGCGACAAGGACGACAGCGACGUAGAACCACCUCUGAAGAUUGCCAUCGUCGGAGGAGGAUGGGGUGGUUGGGGAGCUGCCAAGGCGAUUUGCGAAUCCAAGGAAAAUGUCGAACUGACCCUACUGGAUGCUCUGCCCGACCCCACCGGUGCGACCCCCUUCGUGUCCAAGUCGGGAAAGCCGGUAGAGGCCGGAACACGUGGAUUUUGGAAGGACUACCCAAAUAUCAACAAGUUGUGCGAAGAACUCGGAUUGAACGAAUCGGAUAUCUUCACAUCCUUUACCAAUUCUUCCUUUUAUUCACCUGACGGAUUGGAGGCGACCGCUCCUGUGUUUUCGGAAGGAAAGAUUCCCAAAAUCGAUACUCCGCUUCCAUUCCUAAACCAGCUUUCUGGGCAAUCGUUUCCGCAGCUUCCCUCUCCGCUGGGUCAAAUCCUAUCCACCUUUCCUCUCUUUGAGCGCAUUCCGUUGCAAGAUCGCGCCUCCAUGGUCGGCCUCUUAGUUGCUACCGUUGACUGUAUUGGGAACGACGUAGCUGUGCAAGAGAAAUACGACCGCAUGUCGGCACAAGACUUGUUCAUUCUUUUUGGACUCAGUGAGCGACUCGUUGAAGACUUUAUCAAGCCCACAUUGCUCGUGGGGCUCUUCAAACCUCCAGAAGAAUUGAGUGCCCUGGUGGUAAUGGAGCUCUUGUAUUAUUAUGCGUUGGCACAUCAGGAUAGUUUCGAUGUGCGAUGGAUCAAGAACGGAACAGUCAGCGAUUCCUUAAUUCUUCCUCUCGCAACUCAUUUGCAGGAGGACUAUGGUUUGGAAGUUAAAGGAGGAUCUUUUGUUUCAAAAAUAAUGUACGAUGAUUCGGAGGCUACUAAGAAGACCAGCAUUGAGUACAAAACACGUGAUGGGGAAGUUUCAACUAUGGAUGUAGACGGAAUUGUUCUGGCUCUAAAUGGCAAGGGAAUGUCGGCGGUCAUGACGAACAGCCCGGAUCUUGCAAAAUAUCCCACGUUCAGCAAGGCAGCAUCCAUGGCAAACGGUGUGGAUGUUAUCUCGGUCCGUCUCUGGCUCGAUCGGUAUGUUCCCACCCGGACUCCAGCGAAUGUCUUCUCUAGGUUUGAUGCCCUUCGAGGAAGCGGAGGAACAUUCUUUAUGCUGGACCAAUUUCAAGCCGAAAACGAAGAUGCACUCUGGGGAGAUGAAACUCCCCAAGGGUCGGUCUUGGCCUGUGACUUUUACAAUGCCGGAGCCCUUUUGAGUUUGAGCGACGACAAGAUCACAGAGAUUCUCAUGAAGGAAUUGCUUCCGGAGGCCGUUCCCGACUUUGCCUACGCAAACGUCGUCGACAGCUGGGUUGGAAAGUUCCCUGGAAGUGUCAGCUUCUUCUCACCCGGUAGCUUCAAUCGCCGCCCACCGAUGCAGGGAGAUCCGGAUGUACCGACCAUCAAGUUUGCCGGUGACUGGGUUCGAAUGGGGGACAUGGAACACGGCGCGAAGGGGCUUUGCCAAGAGCGCGCCUACGUGUCCGGAAUACAGGCCGGAAAUCUUUUGCUGGACGAAACGAUCGGUAAAUCCAGACUGUAUAAGCAUCCCGUCCUUCCAGUUCGCGAGGACGAGGCCCAAUUCAAGGCUGCCGUAGCCCUGAACAAGCAAGUGAUGAAGGUUCUGCCCAGGUUUUGGGUACGAUAAAGAAACCUACAUUAUAAUUGAGAGGCAUUGACAAUGGGGAAAAAGACAAAAAUAAUUUUUGUAAAAGUAUGAACUGCUAAGAAAUUAGUGACAGAGUU